AGCUGGCGUGCACCCCUCCCGUCUCCUCUGUCGACAGCAGAGCCUCCUCCAGCCUCUUUAAACAGCUUUCAGAGCCACACAAGCGACAUUUCGGGGGUCCGAUCUGUAGCUCUCCGUCCUCACAUCUCUCAUACCUGUGUGUGCGUGUGUGUUUCUGAGGAUAUUUCUUUUUCUGUCGGAGCGCUGGGAGCCAGAGCCGAGCACAGACGGAGCAGUGUGUUCUAGGCUACUUCAGUGGGCGGAUAAAGCGGAGGAGGGCAUCCGGGCCUGGCAGCUCCGGAGGGUCGGCUCGAAACGACGGAAUUCACUGUUUUCAGGCUGUGCACUGCCCUGAUAUGGAAAAGAUGAAGAGGAUUAAGAAGCGUCUGUCGUUAACACUCCGCUCCAGUCAGACCAUUGAUGAGUCCCUGUCCGAACUGGCCGAGCAGAUGACCAUCGAGGACGGCGGCACAAAGGACAAUGAGCCCUUCAUGAGGAACGGCCGCCCCCCCACCUCCCACAGCAUGCACUCCUUCCUGCACCAGUACACCGGCUCCUUCAAGAAGCCCCCCCUCCGCCGGCCGCACAGUGUCAUCGGCGGCACCCUGGGGUCCUUCAUGGCAAUGCCGCGCAACGGCAGUCGUCUGGACAUUGUACAUGAGAACUUGAAGAUGGGAUCAGACGGGGAGAGCGACCAGGCAUCGGGAACAUCAUCAGACGAGGUUCAGUCUCCAACUGGCGUCUGUCUGAGGAACCGAGUCCACCGACGGAUCUCCAUGGAGGACCUCAACAAGCGACUGUCGCUUCCAGCUGAUAUUCGAAUUCCCGACGGUUACCUGGAGAAGCUGCAGCUCAGCAGCCCGCCCUUCGACCAGCCGCUCAGCCGACGCUCCCGCCGAGCUUCGCUGUCGGAGAUUGGUUUUGGGAAGUUGGAGACGUACAUUAAGCUGGACAAGCUGGGAGAGGGAACCUACGCCACAGUAUUCAAAGGACGCAGUAAGCUUACAGACAACCUGGUGGCAUUGAAGGAGAUCAGGUUGGAGCACGAGGAGGGAGCGCCAUGCACUGCCAUCCGAGAAGUGUCGCUACUGAAGGACCUCAAACACGCCAACAUCGUGACACUACACGACAUCGUUCACACUGACAAGAGCCUCACACUUGUCUUCGAGUACCUGGAUAAGGAUCUGAAGCAGUACAUGGAUGACUGUGGCAACAUAAUGAGCAUGCACAAUGUGAAGAUCUUCCUGUUCCAGAUAUUGCGAGGGCUGUCAUAUUGCCAUAAGAGGAAAGUUCUCCACAGGGACCUGAAGCCCCAGAACCUCCUCAUCAAUGAGAGAGGAGAACUCAAACUGGCUGAUUUUGGUCUGGCGAGGGCCAAGUCUGUUCCAACUAAAACUUACUCCAACGAGGUGGUGACUCUUUGGUACCGGCCUCCUGAUGUUCUACUGGGUUCCUCUGAGUAUUCGACGCAGAUCGACAUGUGGGGUGUUGGUUGUAUAUUCUAUGAGAUGGCUGCAGGACGGCCUCUGUUCCCCGGCUCCACUGUGGAGGACGAGCUCCACCUCAUCUUCAGGUUACUGGGCACACCCACAGAGGAGAACUGGCCGGGAAUCUCCUCUAUCGAAGAGUUCAAAUCCUACAAUUUCCCCAAAUAUAAACCACAGCCGUUAAUCAACCACGCUCCCAGGCUGGACAGUGAAGGCAUCGAGCUGCUGCUGGCUUUCCUCAGAUACGAAUCCAAGAAGAGGAUUUCAGCUGAUGAGGCGAUGAAACAUUCCUACUUCAGGCAGCUCGGAAUGAGAGUCCACACACUGCCUGAGAGUGUAUCAAUAUUCACAUUAAAAGAAGUGCAGCUGCAGAAAGACCCUGGCUACAGGAACUCCUCGUACCCAGAGUCAGGUAACGGCAAGAUCAACAGGAGGCAGAGCAUGCUCUUCUAGUGUCCAGUGAAGAGGAUGGUCGACUGCCCAGCUUCAUCACCACUUCCCACCAACCUCUCGCAUGAGCCCACCUCCCUUCAGAGUGACCCCCAUCUGCACACACACACACACACAUAAACACGCACACACACCCUGCUGAGUGAGUGACUCCGGUCUGAAUCUAUGUGGAGAUUGUGUUUAUUUAUUUUGGGGUGUGGGGGGGGUGAGGUUGAAUUUUUUGCUGCUAAACUACUACUGUCUGUAUUUAACACACUGUGUGUGCGCGUGUGCAUGUGUGUGCGUGUGUGUACAUGAUGUGAACUCGAGCCGCCAUGCACAGUUGAGCAGUCAGUAAGGUUACUGUUUGUUUUUCUUCUGACUACGAUUCUCCGGCUUUGUUUGAGUUAGAAUUCCACUGGUGUUGAUGUCGACGCUGUGAUCCAAGUUGUUGUUCUUGUUGUCGUGCUUGGAGACCGAACGCUUCAGUUUCUUCAGAUUUUUUUUUAUGAAUAUGUAUAUCUAUAUAUAUAGAGAUUUGGAGUUUAUGUUUUGUUUUUCUUCGAGCUUCCGUGACUGAACUCCACAGCAUUUCCAGGUUUAGAAAGACUGGGACACCUAGAUGGUCUUGGCUGGGGAAAAGAGGUUCCACUGGAUACACCAUCGUCACUUUUUCCGAAACAUUUCAGACAGACUCGUCUUUGAGAGAUCCUGCUGCCCUCAGGAAGUUACACUGAGGGUCAAAAAGCAGGUCUGUGAUUGGACUGUGCUAACAGUUUGAAGCUGAGAGUUAAAGAAGCACACACAGAGUCCAAUCAAACUGGGGAGAACAUGAAACCAACUUUGGUUCUUUUGUUCUUUUUGACCAUUCUGGCUCAGCAACAGGACCAAACCUGAGGAGUAAGGGGAGGCAAACAGUUGGGAAGACGAGCAGAAAGCUCCCGUCCAAGAAUACUGGAGCUUGACAGGAAGUCAUGUGACGUCCCACAGGAAGCCAGAAAGCCUUCUGUAAAAGCCCUCACAAAACUGCCAGGACUUCAGUGCUUUUU